AUGGAGAACAAAGCCAUGUACCUUCACACCUUCAAUGAGAGGGAGAACGGCUCCAUCUUCGAGGAGCCCUUCGAGGGAAGGAACCUUUCCAAACUGAACCUCUGCGAGGACGGUCCUGGGCGGAGGAUGAAGGCAGCAGGACGCUGCGGACGGCUGGGCUCCUUGGCAGCAUUGAAGUACGCCGUGGUGGGACUCUACCUCCUCGUCUUCCUCAUCCUCGUCGGGGUCUUCAUCCUCGCAGUCUCCAGACCACAGACUUCCCCCGAGGACCUGAAGGCGCUGAUGGGGAACGUCAACCGCCUCAACGAGAGCUUUAGGGACAUGCAGGUGAAGCUGCUGCACCUACCCCUGAAGGGGGACAUGCUGGAUCACAUCUGGAGGCUCCAGGACCUCCUGCAGAACCACUCGGACUCCUUGUUCCUCAUGACGGGGUCACUGCAGAAGCUGGAAGGGCUUCUCUGGAGCCUGCAGACCCAGGCCAGCCAAACUGACAAGGCGGUGUCCAACCUCUGGGACAGCUUGACCCAGCAGAGCGACGCAGCUCAGCAGGAGAUGUACAAGCUCUCCGUGGAAGGCAACAGCAGCCGGCUGCUGCUGCAGCACCACGACCACCUCCUGAGCCACCUGGGCAGCAGGGUGGAGAGCCUGAGCGACCAGGUGAUGGCCGUGAACGGGGCCAUGGACACCAUGAACAGGACCUUCUCCUACGACGUGAACAUCCACCAUACCCGCAUCCAGGACCUGCAGGUGCUGAUCAGCAACGCCACCGAAGAUGCCCGGCAGAUGCGUCUCAUCCACAUAGCCAUGGAGGAGCAGCUGAAGCACGAGCUGGCCAUCCUCAACAACGUGACGGAGGACCUGCGGCUGAAGGACUGGGAGCACUCCGUUGCGCUGAAGAACAUCUCCAUGAUACGCGGGCCACCAGGACCACGUGGCUUGAAAGGGGACCAAGGAGAUCUUGGCCCGCCGGGUCCAGUGGGGAUGCGGGGAUUCAAAGGUAAGGACCAGCCUCUGCGCAUGCUCCCGGCUGGGUCGUGGGGUCUGGCUGGGCUUGUUGGGCAGCGAACUGUCUCUAGAGACCGCUGGCAUGAGGGGCAGAGAGGGUCACGGGUGUGA